UCCUGUUUUGUGCAGGGCGUCCAGAGACGGUCCUUCCUUCACUUCAAGUCUUUCUUGUCGCCGUGGUGGGUCCGGGUCCGGGUCCGGGUCGUGGUGUGUCAACACGUACCUUUAUAUUCUCUCUAGAACAGAAAACUCGAACCUGGAGGAGCCGAACGUCCGUCUACUUCCCCCGUCCCGAUGGAUUUUACAUAGACUUUGUUCUGAGCUCGUCCCACUUCUCAUCUGAGCCUCGUGCUUUCAACGGGACGGACCCGCUUAAAGGGGAGCCGAACUCGGGCUCCGGAUCGGAUUUUAAACCGGGAGUCCGUUAUGGCAGAGUCCCAACAGCGACCCGCGGCGCUGUGCUGCUGCCGCAGAGCGCCGCCGCUCCCCGGCGGAUUCCGGUUCCGGUCCCGGUGUCACCUGGUCGACGUGGCCUCGGCGUCCAACUUCCACUGCUUUCAGCUGAGCCACUUCCACCUGGACCUGCGGCUGAACUUCGCCGUGAAGGAGGUGACGGGUUGGCAGGUGCUGGACCUGGUUCCGCUACGGUCCGGACUCCAGACUCUGGUCCUGGACACGCACCCGUCCCUCCUUAUCCACUCCGUCGACUGCCGGGUACGGUCCGGGUCCGGGUCGGGGUCCGCGUCCGAGCAGGACGGCCCCGUCAUGUCGCUGACCUAUCGAGUGGACCCGUUCAGCGACUACGGCUCGUCCCUGAACGUCACGCUGCCGGCGGCCCUGCUGGAUCCGAACCGGUCUUUCCAGAUCACCGUCCGCUUCACCAGCACGGACGGACCCGCGAUGUGGUGGUUAGAUGCUGAGCUGACGUGUGGACGGACUCGGCCGUUGGUCUUCACUCAGGGUCACUCGGUGUGUAACCGCUCCUUCUUCCCCUGCUUCGACACGCCUGCUGUGAAGAGCACCUACAGCGCCACCGUCAGGGUUCCAGACGGAGUGACCGUAUUGAUGAGCGCCUCCCGGAGUUCAUAUUCUCAGCAGGACCGAGUCUUCCAGUUCUCCAUGGAGUUCCCGGUCCCGGCUUACCUGGUGGCCCUUGUAGCAGGAGAGCUGCAGCAUGUGGACGUGGGCCCACGGAGCCGGGUGUGGGCGGAGCCAUGUCUGCUGCCGUGUGCAGUGAACAAACUAGGGAGCAGUGUGGAACGCUGGUUGGCCGUGGCUGAGGACCUGUUUGGGCCCUACCUCUGGGGGAGGUGUGACAUUGUGUUCCUCCCCCCCUCCUUCCCCAUCGUUGCCAUGGAGAACCCGUGUCUGACAUUCAUCAUUGCCUCCAUCCUUGAGAGCCGGGACUUCCUGUUGAUUGACGUCAUUCAUGAGAUUGCUCACGGCUGGUUUGGCAACGCCGUCACCAACGCCACAUGGGAGGAAAUGUGGCUGAGCGAAGGGCUGGCCACCUAUGCCCAGAGGAGAAUUACUACUGAGAGCUAUGGUGAGGCCUUCACCUGUCUGGAAACUGUGUUCCGAUUGGACGCUCUUCACAGACAGCUGCGCCUCUUAGGAGACAACAAUCCUGUCAGCAAACUGCAGGUCGAGUUGGAGCCAGGUGUGAACCCCAGCUCUCUGAUGAACCUCUUCACAUAUGAGAAAGGCUUCUGUUUUGUGUCCUACCUCUCUCAGCUUUGUGGAGACACCAGACGCUUCGACAGCUUUCUCAGGGCCUAUAUCUCGGAGUUCAAGUUCAGCAGCGUGAUCGCUCAGGAUCUGAUCGACUACUUCCUGGAUUUCUUCCCUGAACUGAAAGAAACCUCUGUAGCCCAACGAGAAGGUCUGGAGUUUGACCGCUGGCUGAACGGAUGUGGACCUCCACUGUGUGAGCCUGAUCUGUCUGCUGGGGAGGUUCUGAUUCGCCCUGUCCAGAACCUGUGUGACCUCUGGGGCUCCAGUGACCCCCCCAACCCCCAGGCUUUGGAGACCUUUGACCUCUCCUCAUGGAGCACCUUCCAGACCGUUCUGUUUCUGGACCGAAUGCUGGACCGCUCUCCACUCUCACAUGAAGUGAUGGUGUGUCUCUCAGGCUGUUACUCUUCUCUCUGUGAUGAGAUGAAUGCUGAGGUCCGGAUCCGCUGGCUCCAGAUUGUGGUCCGAAACAGCUUCUACCCGGACCUGCCCCGGGUCCGCAGCUUCCUGCACAAACACACGUCAAGGAUGUACACUGUGCCUCUCUACGAGGAGCUGGUUGCCGGGGUGAUGAAGUGUGUCGCCGUGGAGAUAUUCUACCAGACGCACGGCCGCCUCCACCCCAACCUGAGACGCACCUUACAGCAGAUCCUCUUCCAGAGUGGCCCCGCCCCGGCGGUGCUGCCCCCCUCCCCACAGUCUCCACAACCCCAACCCAGCGCCGCCACCACGCCUCCUGUCGCUCUGCGAGACGUCAACGUCUCCGCCUGAAAACACCGCUGUGCCUACGACCACG